AACGGCUAAGUAAAAUUCAUUUUGUUAUCUGCCGGCUGAAUAGCCACAGCCUAAUUUUAAUUCCCUAUUUUGGUGACGAUGCGACAUGUUGAAGUUAUUUGUAUCUUAGUUUAAUGUUUGUCAAUAAAAUUUAUAUUAAAUACGGAUAAGUAACAGUAUUAUUGAAGAUUGAAUAUUAUUUAAAAGUUAAAAAAUAAAUAUUUUCUGUGUAUUUCUAUUCUCUUUAAAUUGUUCAUUUUUAUUCUAUAUACUAAAAUAUGGGUCGAAAGAAAAAGAAGCCCUCAAAGCCAUGGUGUUGGUAUUGCAAUAGAGAAUUUGAAGAUGAAAAAAUUUUAAUUCAGCAUCAAAAAGCAAAACAUUUCAAAUGCCAUAUAUGUUUCAAGAAGCUUUACACGGGACCUGGUUUAGCUAUUCAUUGUAUGCAGGUACACAAAGAAGUUAUUAAAGAAGUGCCUAAUGCACAAACCUCCAGAAACAGUGUAGAUGUUGAAAUAUAUGGAAUGGAAGGCAUCCCUGAAGAUGAUGUUCGAUUACAUGUAAUGAUGAGACAAGGUGACAAUAACGUAGAGGUUAGAAAUUCAGAUGAUGAAGAUUCCUCUGGUCUUCCAGACAAAUCAUCUGGACCAACUAUGCCAGGAAUGCCAUCCAUGCCGGGCAUGAUGCCCGGCAUGCCACCUAUUCCUGGAAUGAUGCCAGGAAUGCCUGGUAUGGGAUUUCCCAUGAUGCCAGGACAGUCUCCACUUGGACCUAUGGGGCCAAUGGGCAUGCCUCCUGGAUUUAUGCCCCCUGGUGGUAUGCCAAUGAUGCCGCCAGGAAUGCCCCGUGCACCUAUAAUGCCACCAUCAACUGUGUCAGGUAGCACCCAGGCACCAUCAAAACCAUUAUUUCCUUCAGCUAUGCCUCAGACAUCAACAUCAUCUUCACAAUCCCCUGUGGGCACAGAUUUUAAACCUCUGAUGACGAUGUCAUCGAGACCGACAUUUCCUGCUUAUAGUGGAAGUUCCUCACCUAAUGUGUCAGCUUCUAUGAAGUCUCAUUCUGGAGUACCAGUAUCUUACAGUGCAGAAGCUUCAUUGAGUCCUCAAACCAACCCAGACGCAAAACGCCUGUGUACUGCUCCUCCAAGCCAAACUAGUACUGCAUCAAGUAAAAUAAUGCAUCCAGAUGAAGAUGUUUCUCUGGAAGAAAAGCGAUCCAUUAUGCCUAAAUAUAUAAUGCACUUACCUGGAAUGCCACCAAUGAUGGGUGGUAAAGGCUUACAGAAUCCUGUAAUGAUGAAUGGUAUGCAGAUGAUGAGGCCUUCAAUGGGAAUGCCACCGAAUAUGUCUGGUGGAGGCAUGCCUCGAAUGGGUUCACCCUACAGUGGACAGUCUAUGUUUCCACAGGGAGGAUCGUUUCCCAUGAUGGGUCAAGGUGGAUCUCGUCCUUAUUAGUGUGUGUGGCAUGAUUUUGCAAAGAUAAGUGUCUUCUACUUUUCAUUGAAAAGAAACACUUUUUUUAAAUCAAUGGAACUGGUUUCCUACAUAAAAGCUCUAUUUCAACUCAUUCAACUUGGAUUUUUCUCAUAAAAGUGCAUUAUUUAAAAACUUUUCCCACAUCUGAAUUUUCAGGGACAUGUACAAAGUUCUUAAAUUCAUAAAGAUGAAUGUUUUAUUAA